AUGGUUAGAAUUGGUGGAGGUUCUGCAGGUGGUCCCAUACCAUGUGUUCCACAGACUGCAUCCACUCGUAGAGCGCGUGCAAAAGCUCAUGUUGAGACACCACCACCACAUCAGACUUAUUCCUGGUUAGUGAAGAGGACAAGGAGUAAGAGAAGAAACAAUCGAAAAGGUCCUACAACCAUAAAAAUGCUUCCAAGAGAUUUAUUAGUAGAGGUGGUUGCAACCGUGGCCUCACACUCCUUCAUUGACCUUUACAUUAUAAAAAAAUGUUGUAAAGAUUUUCAUGAUGCUUCUGAAGAUAUAAACAUCUGGAAAAGAGUUUCUUUGGACAAAUUCCCGUUAAUCCAAUGGCUUCCUAAUGACAAAAUAUCAUCAUUCUUAAAACGCUGUAGAGAAUGUGGAAACAUGGAGAGCUUAUAUAGAGAAGGGUUGCAAAAAUAUUUUUACUAUCCAAAUGGAAAGAUUGAUGGUUUUGAGCUCUUGAAGGUAGCCGCUCAAAAGGGUCACAAAGAAGCAAAAUAUGUGUGUGGUAUGAUUUUAUUAUGCUCUAAAGAUGAAGAGUUGAGAAAACAAGGGCUUGAGCAUAUGCGUUUUUUGAGGAAGUCCAAGUGUGUUGUAGGCUCCAGAAACAAAGUGAAACGAUUAUUAUGCUUUAUGUGGAAAAGUAAUGGAGAGUUUGGAUGCAAUCAUACCCCUCUAUGUAACUCCAAGAACACAUGCAAAGGGUGGAGAGUGAAGAGCAGUGCAUGGAUAUUACUAGAUGAUGAUGAUGAUGACGACGACAUUAACUUGUGUGAAUAUUGUAGAUGGGACUAUGAGUUGGAGUUAUUUUAUCAGUUGUUCAAUGUUCAUUAG